AUGACACCGGCUAACCCCUCCAGACUCGGCAACUCAGGCCUCAAAAUCUCAAAGGUAAUAUUCGGCGCCAUGUCGCUCGGCUCAACGGAGCACAUGAAAUGGGCGGUUCCCGAAGCCGAAGCCCUCCCCAUCCUCAAGCACGCCUUUGACCGGGGCAUCAACACCUGGGAUACGGCCGACGUUUACUCCUUCGGCGAAUCCGAGCGGAUCAUCGGCAAAGCCCUAAAACACUACGCCAUCCCGCGCAACCGCGUUGUCCUGAUGACGAAGUGUUUCGGUGGUAUCCCGGACCCCGAGGACUUUGCUGGUCUGAGUGAGGAGGACCAGUUCCGGAUCUUGGCUUUCAAUGACGGAAUCAUGGUGAACCGCGUCGGGCUGUCGCGGAAGCAUAUCUUCGACGCCGUGGACGCAAGUGUGCAGCGACUGGGUACAUACAUCGACGUCCUGCAGAUCCACCGACUCGACCGCGACACACCACGCGAGGAGAUCAUGCGCGCGCUGAACGACGUCGUGGAGAGCGGGAAGGUGCGGUAUCUUGGUGCGAGCUCGAUGCACGCCUGGGAAUUCCAAACCCUAAACACCAUCGCCGCCAAAAACGGCUGGCACACCUUCAUCAGCAUGCAGGACUACCACUCGCUCCUCUACCGCGAGGAAGAGCGCGAGAUGCACGCCUACUGCCGGGACGCCGGGAUCGGGCUUGUCCCCUGGUCGCCGCUUGCGCGGGGCCUGCUUGCGCGUCCGUACAAGGAAACCCAGGAACAGCGGACGGUGCGUCAAGACAGUGACUUCUAUGCUGAGCUCAUGACGGGGAAGGUUACGGAUGUUGAUAUCGAGAUUAUUGGGCGGGUUGAGGAGCUUGCGAGGAGGAAGGGGUGUAGUAUGGCGCAGGUUGCGAUGGCGUGGAGUCUUAGGAAGGGCGUUAAUCCGAUUGUUGGGCUUUCUAGUGUGGAGAGGGUGGAUGAGGCUGCGGAUGCGGUGGGAUUGGCUUCGGGGGGUCUGUUGGAUGAUGGGGAUGUCGAGUUCUUGGAGGAGCUGUAUGUUGCGAAGGAGGCGUUGGGGAUGAUGUAG